AUGCUUGCUGAUUUGGGCAAUUUUGUUAGGGCUCCGGAAAAGGGUAGAAAGAAAAGGACAAUGAAGCUGAAGCAACUAGAAAGCCUCUUAGGCAACCUUCAGCAAUUCUCCAACCCAAAGGUGGAGCUGGAGCAGUACCCUACCGGCCCUCACAUCGCUUCCCGCAUGCUCUACAUGGCGGAGAAUUCAUAUGGGGAUGUGACUGAAAAGGUAGUGGCGGAUUUCGGCUGCGGAUGUGGAACAUUAGGCGCUGCAGCUGCUCUGAUGGGCGCAGAACAGGUAUUUGGUAUUGAUGUUGAUUCGGAAUCCCUUGAGAUGGCAACGGCUAAUGCUGAGGAUCUCGAGCUGGACAUAGAAUUUGUACAAUGUGACAUCAGGAACCUAGGAUGGAGAGGUUCUAGUGUUGAUACAGUGGUGAUGAACCCUCCAUUUGGGACACGGAGGAAGGGCGCGGAUAUGGAGUUUCUCUGUGCAGCCUUAAAAAUUGCUUCUGGAGCAGUAUAUUCGUUACACAAAACAUCAACGAGAGACCAUAUUAAAAGGGCAGCCUUGCGUGACUUUGGUGCUAAAACUGCCGAGGUUUUGUGUGAGCUCCGGUUCGAUGUUCCUCAACUAUACAAGUUCCAUAAGAAGAAGGAAGUGGAUGUCGCAGUAGACCUUUGGCGGUUCGAGCCAAAAGAUUAAUCCAGGCAAAGGAAUUUGAGUGCCCCUCAAAACAUAUCCUACAUGCGACAAAACGCAUUUGCAGUUGGGAAAUGAUGGUUUGUCUCAAAGUCUCGACAAUAGCAAAUGCAAGUUUUUGUAAUUGCUGGAUUGAUUUUAGCAGCAACUGCUAUCAUUUAUGGAGGAACACUUUUAGCAGAUUCGUAUCAGAAUUGUUGCCUGUAUCAAUAUAGAAGGGGAAAAACAACUAUUGAUGAUGAGAUACAGAAGGAAAAGUCCCAUGCUUUGAUCACGAAAGAAAAAAGAAUCCGGAGAACCCUAUAUUCUCAUCCAAAAACUAGAUUCUGUAACAGCUUCAUGACGCCAGUUUUAUCUGUUCAUUAAGCAACAAAAUUCUUCAUUCCUAGGAUUUUGCUUCUUCCUCAGUCGGUGUCUUCUCCAAGUGUAAACCUCACGAACCUUCGGA